UUGCAGGAGGACACACCAACAGGUGCACAGAGUUAAAACUCAAAGGCAACCAUGGCAAUGUUACUGUUCAAUCUCUAGUGUAGGCACUCUUUCAACACAACUCACAGCUCAGUCAUGACUACCGUUCAAAACUGUUGUAUAUGGUCUCUAACUGACUCUAGUAACCAACGAAUCACGGUACGAAUGCUACAUUGUUCAUGUCUGAUUUUUCUUUGUCCUCUGAAUUUUGGACGGUGCUUGGAUUUGAAGCCUUUCUUUUUAUCUUGCUUAGAACGGCGUGGCCCAGCGGCUUCCUCUUCAUGCUUCUUAUCGAGCAAGAGCAAGGAGGCGAACGGCGUGACCGAGCGAGCGGCUUCCUCUUCUUGAGCCAGCCAGAUCAAAGGAGGAGGCGAAAGGCGUGUCCCGGCGGUUUCCGAUGCUGCGGCUGUUCUUGCUUGCGGCGCUGCUGCUGCUGCUCGCCGGCCGGAUGAAGCCGGCGUCGGCGCCGGUCAACCAUCUCGCGACGAGCGCCGCCGCCGCCGCUGCCUCGGAUGCCGGUGCCGCCGCCGCUGCUGUCCCCGUCUCUUUCGUCGCACGAGCGGCCGAAGAGACCAGCACGCUGCUCCUGCCCGCCGGCUGGAUGACGCCGGCGUCGGCGCCGAGCAAGAGCAACCAUCUCGCGACGAGAGCAGCUAAUGCGUCGGAUGCCGGUGCCGCCGUCGCCGCUGUCGGGACCGGCACGCUGCUGGUCGCCGGCCGGAUGACGCCGGCGUCGGCGCCGCGCAACCAUCUCGCGACGAGCGCCGCCGCUGUUGCCCCCGUCUUCUUCGCCGCAAGAGCUUCCGGAGCGGCGCUGCUGCUCGGUGGCCCGAUGACACCGGCAUCAGCCAAUCAUCUCGCGACACUGACGACCAACGCCGCUGCUCCGGAUGCCGUUGUCACCAUCUUCGACGUGAAAGCCGACACCACUGCGACCUCUACUCGAGCUCAAGUACCUGCUGGAGGGGCGCUGCUGCUCGGUGGCCGGAUGAUGCCGACGACCGCCGCCGAUGUGGGUGCUGGUGGCUCCAUCUUCGACGUCGUCGCACGAGCUGCUGGAGGGAUUAUUGGGUUGUUCGUAGCCAUAAACAUGAAGAUUAUCUCGAGGUGUUUCGGUCAGAUGUUAAGCAUCAUUCUUGCCGUUGUGUUUGUUGUCGUCUCCAAUCGUCACACAGACAAAAAGUCAGGAGCUAGAUGUCGAAGACAUACUGUUCGACGAUAAAUGGGGAGACGAAGCAUGCAACGUAUAUUUUGGUGAAGUACGUACUUCCCUAGGAUCAAAUACGGAAGAGUAUUCGUUGAAAGAGAAGAGUUUUCCGGUUCAGCCUCAUUUCAUAUUUACCAAACAAACUCCUGACGGCAAGAUGCCACCUAGGUGGAUUAAAGUGAGGGUGAAAGGUGAUUCUGGAAAGUACGCGUUCUUAUUGUUUAGGGCGGAUACAGGUUACCUGCUAGUUUUCAUAAAUGAAAUGGGAGCAUAUUGCACAAAACAUUCCCUGAUCCCUGGCUGCGUAAUAUUGCCCUUCAAGGAGACUUAUCAUGGUCUCUUCAAUCAGAAAAAAAAUGGACUAAUAUUGAUCCAUUUCUCGGAACAGUACGUCUAGGAAGGUCAGCGGCCCGAACUGCAGCGAGUCUACUAGCAGACUAUGAACAUGAUCCAGCCUCAACGGUGGAAUCUUUGGAACCUAUCAGGAAAGCAAUGCUUGUAUUUGAGUUGGUGACAUCCGAAGCCGUGAGAUUUAAGCCUAUUAGGGAUAAAUGCAAAUCUUCUUGGAUAACAGGAGGGUUUCUCUCAGCAGAAGAGUAUGAAUUAGUUUUUCAGUGGCAAAAUUUGUCGAUACUUCGGUGUCGUGAGGAUGAUUUGGAGUAUGAGGAUACAACAUGGAGCUGGGCUAAACUCGGAAUAAAGAGCCUAGCUGAAAUCGGUGCAAUACUUGAUAUUGUGAAGAAUGAGAAUGGUUGCGAAGACAAGAGGAAGGAAAUAAAGAGUCCUUAGGAGAAGUAAAUUAGAAUCUCUAUCUAUUAUUGUAUUUCGAAAGAGUUUAUAGAAAUAAUUAACCGAACAAGCAAGUAAAAGGAAAAACUUUGUCCGAGUAACCUAGCAUGUCUGAAAUUUUUUUCUCUCUUUAUACGGUGCGACGGCAUAUCUGUCAAAUGUUUCCGGCGUUCUUCCUAGUGCAUAUGUGUGACACAUUUGUAAGGUAGUUUGUUUAGAAGGCUUACAGGCUAGCAGCAUAGAUGGUGGGUCAGCCGGUGUGGGUUCAAACCCUCACUGCUUAAUUAAGUCAAGUACCUAAUUCGCUCCUAGGUAUCCAUUCUUCAGGUUGCUCAAUUUUCACCGUCGCUACUUAGAUCUGUUAAUGUGCACCUAUUGAUUGGUUGCUUGCACCUAUUGAUUUGUCCAGAGACUAUGAUUCAUGAUAAAACCAAUAUGAAUCCCAGUUUAGAAAUCUCAAAUACAUCUCAUAGGUUGAUUGCGUCUGAUUCUAAUGCAACUCUGUGUCACUCGGACAAGGAUCAUGGUCUUGUAACACCAGAUACUUUUGCUGUGAAAAAUCCACACAGUUUUUUUUUUGAGGACUCCAGGCAGGGAUUUUACUUAACGCAAUGCCCAUCAUGGUUCAUGGACAUUUGACUUUAGUCAUUCAGAACCAAACGACGGAUGACUUGAAAGAAAAUCUGAAUCACAGUCUGCUGUAGAAGUUAGAGCCAGGGGACAUCCAACUGUCAUAGCACAACCAUCUGUGGAAAUUUACAACAGGAAUGGAGUUGCACAGAGGGGUCCUCGUAUAGCAAAUGUUGUGCAUCGGUUCAAAAGCUCUGUUGAACCUCUGGAAAUUGGCCUUGUGUUAUCAGGGAGGAGCCAGGUUGUGGUCUUCAAGUCAAGCAAUUUCGCGAAAGGGUUUAGGAGCAGACAGCAGAGUAAAAUACUUCAGCAUUGUGGAUCCAAGUCAAAUGGCAUACUGCGUGUCUAAAAUAUUGGACGCUGGGUUGCAGGGACAUCUGUUUAUGGUAAAAUACAGUUUUGUGCCUACUAUAUAUACCUCUGUUUCAGCAUCUUGAUCAAUUACUAGCUGGGUAGGCGUGCUUUGCCGCGCCGUCCAUAAAAACUGAAGCGAUUAGUGGACAAUUUUUUUUUCUCUUCCUCUUCUGAUAUCCAUGGCUGUGCGCACGCAAGCCAAAACGGCGACACCUUAAUACUUUUUUCUUAUUAUUGUGCAGACCUUGUCAUUUUGUGUAACA